CUGAAAUAGAAGUCAUUCCCAGAUCUCUGGAAAAGAUGGCGGCUGCCGCAGUUCGUGGAAUCGCCUCCAAGGUGGGCAAGAAUCUGAGGGAGAUCCGCAUCCACUUGUGCCAACGCUCGGCCGGCAGCCAAGGAGUGAGGGACUUCAUUGAGAAACACUACGUGGAACUGAAGAAGGCGAACCCCGACUUCCCCAUCCUGAUCCGUGAGUGCUCCGAGGUGCAGCCUAAACUGUGGGUCCGCUAUGCUUUUGGCCAGGAGAAGAAUAUUUCAUUGAACAACCUCAGUAGUGAACAAGUGGCCACAGCCAUAGCCAAUGUGAUGAAUGGCAAAGCCUGAAGUUUCAAGAGAAUCCUUAAGAAGAGCUUCCUCAAAGCUUGGGCUCUGAUGAACUGAGAAUGAAAUAACCACAUAUUUUAAAAUUAUCCUUUCAUGUAAACUUUG